GAGGGCAGUAUAGUGGGGUGCUGCUGGGCUUCACUCUGCCAGGCUCUGCUACCAGGCAGCUGUGUGACCUUGGACAUUUGGACUGCCAUGGCAGCCUCCCUAAAGAGAAGGUCCUUCCAACCACGAACCAGAUGAUCCGCGAGGACCUGCGACCCACGUGCUGCAGGGCCCACGUUCUCACAGCCUCUCCACCCGAGUGAGCUGGAGCAAGUCGGCCCUGGCCCUGGGAACUGUUAACUGCCACGCCCUCUUCCACUCAAUACGUGUUAACUUACCCCGCCGGCCUGGUUUAGUCUGUUUGCUUUUCGAGGUGCAAAGCGUACACACUGAGCCUGCCCCUGCGGCUCCUAGGUUUCCCCACACCGCCCCGCAAGCCCUUGUGUGAGAAUUGGGGAAGGAGCCUGAGGGUUUAUUGCCCAUUACCUCCCGCUGUGCGUCCCCGGCUCCCUGGGACCGGCCCUCGGGCAGCGUUCAAAGUGGGUUUCCCGCAGACACUGCAGAUCCAAGGCCGGUUUUUUCCCUGCAUACGCGUUUUGGUGUCUUGAGUGUGGGUGGAGACGCAGAACAGGGGCGCUGGAGCGAGCCCGGGUGAACACGCGCAGGCCCGCAGGGCCCCCUCGCCCUCCCGCCCGCGCAACCUGCCGUGCGGGCCUCGGCGAAGGAAGCCGGGCUGCAGCGGCCGCCGCGGGCUAGGGCGAGGGCUGCGGCCCCCGGGUCGUCGCCCCCGCCUCCUGCCCGCGGGCUGCCGGCGCGUCCCCGCCCUCCCCCAGGCCCCGCCGCCCGCCUGCAGGUGAGGCCGCCCGGGCCGCCGAGGAGGUGCGUGGGGAUGAGCUCACUCGCCCGCUCCGCGCCUGCAGGAGGAGGAGCGGGAGCAAAUCCAACUUCCGGGUAGUGGAGCCGCACGCCGCCGGCGUCUUGCCUUUUCUUCCCCCUCCCCCUGUCGUAUCCCUUCCCGCUCCCCUCCUCUCCUUUUCUUCCGGACCCAACCUGCCAACAUGAACAGCUCGGACGAGGAGAAGCAGUUGCAGCUCAUCACCAGUCUGAAGGAGCAAGUAAUUUAUUAGUCAGCGACUCAGCCCCCUGCCUGUGUCAGGCUUCCUGAAUUAAAACCUGGCUCUGCACCGCUGGAAGGCCAUGCCAUGCACAUGCAUGUCAGCACUGCCUGAUAACUGGAGACGAUCCCUCAAUAAAGAAUGGGCUUAAUCAUUUUCAUCGCCACCACUCUUCUGAACAAAGCCCACAAUAGGCGAAUAUGAAGACCUCAGAGCAGAGAACCAGAAAACAAAGGAGAAGUGUGACAAAAUUAGGCAAGAACGGGAUGAAGCUGUUAGAAAACUGGAGGAAUUUCAGAAAAUUUCUCACAUGGUUAUAGAGGAAGUUAAUUUUAUGCAGAACCAUCUUGAAAUUGAGAAGACUUGUCGAGAAAGUGCUGAAGCCUUGGCAACAAAGCUAAAUAAAGAAAACAAGACUUUGAAAAGGAUCAGCAUGCUAUACAUGGCCAAGCUGGGACCAGAUGUAAUAACUGAAGAGAUCAACAUUGACGAUGAAGAUUCGACUACAGAACCAGAUGGGGCUGCCGAGACUUGUGUCUCAGUGCAGUGUCAGAAGCAAAUCAAAGAACUUCGAGAUCAAAUCGUAUCUGUUCAGGAGGAAAAGAAGAUGUUAGCCAUUGAGUUGGAAAAUCUGAAGAGCAAACUUGGAGAAGUAAUUGAAGAGGUAAAUAAAGUUAAACAAGAAAAAGAUGUUUUAAAUUCAGAAGUUCUUGAACAGAGAAAAGUCUUAGAAAAAUGCAAUAGAGUGUCCAUGUUGGCAGUAGAAGAGUAUGAGGAAAUGCAGGUCAACUUGGAACUGGAGAAGGACCUUCGAAAGAAAGCAGAAUCCUUUGCACAAGAGAUGUUCAUUGAACAAAACAAGCUAAAGCGACAAAGCCACCUCCUCCUGCAGAGCUCUGCUCCUGACCAGCAGCUUCUGAAAGCUUUAGAGGAAAAUGCAAAACUCACCCAGCAACUCGAGCAAGAGAAAAUUCAGCAUCAACAAAAGGUCAAAGAAUUGAAAGAGCAACUAGAAAAUGAAACGCUCCACAAAGAGAUACACAACCUCAAACAGCAACUGGAACUGCUAGAAGAAGAUAAAAAAGAAUUGGAAUUGAAAUACCAGAAUUCAGAGGAGAAAGCCAGAAAUUUAAAGCAUUCCGUGGAUGAACUCCAGAAACGGGUGAACCAGUCCGAGAACUCCGUACCUCCGCCACCUCCACCUCCACCUCCGCUGCCCCCUCCUCCUCCCAACCCCAUCCGAUCCCUCAUGUCCAUGAUCCGGAAGCGAUCCCACCCCAGUGGCAGUGGUGCUAAGAAAGAAAAGGCAGCUCAACCAGAAACAGCUGAAGAAGUCACAGAUCUGAAGAGACAAGCAGUUGAAGAGAUGAUGGAUAGAAUUAAAAAGGGAGUUCAUCUUAGACCAGUUAAUCAGACAGCUAGACCGAAGGCAAAGCCAGAACCUCCCAAAGGCUCUGAAAGUGCCGUGAAUGAAUUAAAAGGAAUACUGGGGACACUUAACAAAUCCACUAGCUCAAGAAGCUUAAAAUCCCUUGACACUGAAAACAGUGAGACUGAGUUAGAGAGGAUUUUGCGUCGCAGGAAGGUGACCGCAGAAGCAGAUAGCAGUAGUCCAAGCGGGAUAUUAGCCACCUCAGAGUCCAAAUCCAUGCCCGUGUUGGGUUCUGUAUCCAGUGUAACAAAAAGAGCCUUGAACAAGAAAACUCUGGAGGCAGAAUUCAACAGCCCGUCCCCCCCAACUCCUGAGCCAGGUGAAGGGCCGUGUAAAUUGGAAGGAUGCACACGUUCCAAGGUUACAUUUCACCCUGAGAGCACUUCCUGGGAAGUAUUCAGCCUCCAGCUGAUGAAGAAAGCUUUUGUAGGAUGUGUCACCACCCCUUCACCUGCAGACACACACGGUCAUGAAAACAUCCAUGCUAGAUCAAGGCCUCCCAGUAACCCAAGAUGGAGGAGCCGGUAUGUUGGCAGUGAAAAGCACGCUGAACCAGUCGUAGUUUUAGAUCCUGUUUCCACACAUGAACCCCAAACCAAAGACCAGGUUGCUGAAAAAGGUCCAACUCAACACAAGGAAGACGAAGGCAAAAUUAAACCAGAAAACAAAGAAGACAGUAUUGAGAAAAGAGACACAGACAGCUCCAACUGCUGACCCAUAAGCCAGAAGGUGGACACGUGUAGAAAUCCCUGUCAGUAAGCACAUGAUUCCUUUUGGUGUAUUGGCAAGGGCUACAGACAUUCCACUCUUGUCGCCGUGUUCAGAUUACAGUCUCUUUUCUGGUGUUGUUUUUGUAAUAAGUAGUUCACCUAUAAACAUAAGUAAGCUGUUGAGCAAAAUACAUUCAAUAUAGUGUUGUUUUUUUAUCUUUAUAGGAUAAGAUUUUUUUCUAAUUACUGUAUGACGUGUGACUUCUUUUAGAAAGCUACAAAAAAGUCAGAUGUUGAUGUCUUUUUUAGGUCAUGUGCAUACCACUAUUCAAAUGCAAUGCUGAAUGUUGACAGCGCUGUGGGUAAUUGGAUAGACAGACCUGACCAACUUAAGGUGAUUUAAAAAGCCCCCAAAUAAGCUGCUUUUUUUUUUUUUUUUGCAUCUGAGCCUCUGUUGAUGGAGAGACUGUAGUAGCAUGGAAAUUGUGAGGCACCAUGGCAUACACAUUCCUUCCUAGGAUAUACUGAGAUAAACUUAAAAUUCAGGAGCUGGAGGCAUCAAACUGGUAGUCGCAUAGUCAAUGUUAAUUACACACACUGUUAACUGUGGGAUGAAAAAUACAUGCUAUCGAUCAUGUCCAAAGCCUCCCAAGGACUUGGGUAGAAAUGCUCCAGUGGCCUCAAUGCAGAAUUGAGGUGAAAGUGCAGCCCUUGAGUUAAAUAGAGUAUUGGUAAACCAUGUGCUCUGUGCUCUGAGUUAAUUGUGUUUUCUCAUGUAGUAAUGUGGCACAAGUACCAUAUUUUAUCACAGUUCUUAUGUACUGUGAAGAUCAGCGACAAGCACACAAUUUUAUUACUUCACUACUGUUCUAUGUUACACAGGUUUUUUUUGUUUCUUUUUUAAAAGAAAUUAAGUGGUAGUCAGUCUCUAGAAAUACAAUGUUUCAGCCUACCACAGUGAAUAAAUAGAGAUGUAAUCAGGGAUUUUUUUAAAAAGCUUAUGCAGCUUUUCAAAGUUGAUUGUUUCAAAAUUGGUGUUUAUUUAAAAUAAGUGGUAAUGUACUUGAAUACUUUUUUUUUAUGACAAUGAUUCAGUAAUGAUAAUUUUACUAUUAAAGAAAGUGAAAGGUUUGGUUUUGUUAGCAUGGCUCAGCAUGUAGUUGUCAGGUGUUUCUUACCUAAGGGCAAAAGGAAAUGAUAGUAAUAAUUGCAGUAUUUGUAUUGUAUUUUAUUUUUGCACGUAUGCUAAGCAUAGGCCUGAAGAGGUGGGUAGGCAGGUAAACGUACUUCCUAUAUUUGGAGAUAAUUAUCUUUCUGUAGGUUUGUUGUGCUUGACUGUUUCCAUGUCCUUCCAGUGAUGAUUUUACAGUUCCUUCUCAGUUUACUCCUGGGGAAUGAAAAUGUAAUGUUUUUCAACUGUAAUCUUCCCUAAUUGAAUAAUACUGCUAUAUGAUAUACAAACUACAAACUGCAUUAAUUCACUUAAGUUCUGUUAUGCUGUGAUUUGAACUCUCUUCACCACACUUAUUAAAAAGCACCCAGUUUCCCAUUAAA